CAACCCAUGGCGCAGUUUGUUCGCCAGCUGCCAUUAUGAGUUUAAAUCUUAUUUCAUUAUAAUUAACUCAAAUUUUUUUAUUUUCAAUAGAUUGAAAUGUGUAAAUCAGAACAAAUUGAAAUAAAUCAUCAACCGAAGUGAAGUAACAAAAAAUUCAAAAUACAAUUAUUCUGAAGAUAUUCAAGUUGAAGCAUUUUCGAGCAUCGAAAAUCUUAGAUAACUCAUACAGCCAAAAAGUCAGAAACCAGAAUCAAAUCACUUCAAUAGAUGCCAAAAUUUGACAGAAUUUGUUUUCUCAAUUUCUCGAGUGAUAAAAUAUCAAUAAAUCCUCUUUCUGAACCAAAAAAAUCAUUGACCUUGAGAAGAAUAAGAGACUCAUCUUAAUCAUCUCGAGAUUGAUGUCUGCGCCAUAAAAAUCCGCUCGUUAAAAUUGUAUUUAUUAAAUUAAUUGAAUAAACUGAAAAGAACAAAUCUACAAAACUUGAUAAUAAUAGUGAGUUCACUAUCAGGGGAUAAAUUACUCCGGAAAAUUCAAAAAAUCGCAGAAUUAAUAAUCCAGUGAAAUAAAAUAUUGGGAUCAUUAGAGAAUUGCGUAUUAAGGAAGUGCGCAAGCGCGCUUUAUUGAUUCGAAUCGAGAAAUUCAGACGACAAGCUCUCGGCACUCCUCGAACUACCAACCAGUUGAUCCAUACGUGAGGACAGAAUGAACGGCAGGCUUGAUAUCAUUCUUCCAAUUGUUCUGGGAAUUAUUGGAAUUGCCACUGGACGUUUCGUUGACGUUGAUGAUGGAACCUUCCAAGAUAUCGUUGACGAACUGCUCAAUCUGUUGAAUGAAAAAGGUGAGAGGAGUGAGACUGUUGAGCAGCAAAAGGUGCUCUAUCCUGUAGAGCAAGCUGGAUGGCAAGGACCCGCAGGAGUUGGACAGAUUGUUGGCGUGUCUGUACACCCGUCCGGCAAACCGGUCAUCUUCCAUCGCGCUGACAGAAUCUGGGACUACAAUUCAUUUGACGAUAAUCUGGAGUACCGAGAGGCAUUUAGAGGACCGAUCCAACAGGAUACCGUCCUGAACUUGAAUCCACUGAAUGGCGUCGUUGAGAGCGCUUGGGGUGCGGAUAUGUUCUAUCUACCUCAUGGGCUUCACAUCGAUGCCAAUGGCAAUACAUGGCUCACCGACGUUGCUCUGCAUCAAGUUUUCAAAUUUACACCUGGCAGUAUUGAACCAGAAAUAGCACUCGGCGAAAGAUUUAUACGUGGGUCAGAUAAUCAACACUUCUGUCAACCAACUUCCGUAGCUAUUUCACGCACAGGUGAAAUUGUCGUGGCUGAUGGUUACUGUAACAAUAGAAUUAUGGUAUUCGAUCCUUCCGGAAAUUUAAUCAAUAAAAUGCCACAACCUGGAGAAUUUGUCGCGCUCCGAGUGCCGCAUGCUCUGGCAAUUCUCGAGCAAGGAGACGUCUGUGUUGCUGAUCGUGAGAACAUGAGAGUAAUUUGCCUGAAUAUUGGUCUUCGUAUGGGUAGCAACAAUGACGAGAAACGCGGACCACCCCUAACGCUACAUCAGCCAGACCUCGGCAGGGUUUUCGCUAUUGCUGCGCAUGGUAAUACACUUUAUGCUGUUAAUGGGCCCACAUCGCCUAUGAUACCAGUCAGGGGAUUUAUCAUGGAUCCCAAUAGUGAGACAAUAUUUGGACAUUGGGCACCAGCUACUCAGACAUUUAUGCAGCCUCACGCAAUGGCAAUAUCACCAAACGGCACAGAACUCUACGUUACCGAAAUUGGACCCAACAGAAUGUGGAAAUUCCACCUCGUUAGUGAUCCAUCACGCCAAAUAGACCCUCAAACUCUCAUGAAAAUUUAAACCAAUAAAAAAAAACUCAUUAAAAAGAUAACACCAGAAAAUUCAGAAAUACCACGACUACAAGUAACACAUCUGACGACUCAGGAAAAAUAUUCAUUGCAUGUAAUUCACAGAUGCUAAUUCGAACUUAAAUUCAGGCUUCCAAAAUAUAUAUCAACCAUGUACGAAAGUAUUCAGUGAAUUAUUCCAUAGAUUCUAAUCUACGAAACUGAAAAAACAAAAACAAGAAUUAAAAAAAUUAAUGAACAAUCACGAAUAACAAAUGAAAUUACAUUUUUAAUGUCAAGAAAAUCUAUAUAGAUGCAUUGCUUAAUGAUUAGGCCCUAAUCUGAUGUAUACGAAAUACAAGAGAGAGAAAAUAAUAGAACUAUUCAAUGCUAAAAUUAAUGUAAAUCAAUACAAACAGUGAAACAAAUUCAAUGAUUCAGACUUGAUGCAAGAGAACGUCUCAAACGCCAUCAGCAAAACAUAUCGAUGAUUAGAUCAGAACCGAUCAGAGAUGAGGGACAGGGUUGCGUCAAUUUGAUUAUUAAUGGAAAUAUCUUGUCCCAAUCAAAAAAAAAAAAAAUUAAAGGAAAAAUGUAUACUUCGAAUUUCUUAAAAAAAUCCAAUUCUUCAUAUAAUUUUCUUUGAUUUUUUUAUGUCUACUUUAUCAAAAUUGAGGGGUAGAAGAACCUGCAAAGAAGUGAUCAUUUCCACCUUUGAAUAUAAAGAGUUAGGAUAAGAUAAAUUGGGAUUUCACCGCAAAGUCAUACAAAACAAAAAAAACUUGCAGGGAAAAUCACAAAACUGAAUAGAAGCACCCAUAAAAAUGAAGAUUUCGAAGAAAAUUAUACACUAAAAGACAGAAAAAUCCUAAGUUAAUGGGCAUUAUCAAAUCGCUUCUGAAAUCACAAUUCCGGUUCUUCUGACACAAUUUUACAGAAUAUAAACAGCAAAAGACUGUACUGGUAUCGUUGUUUAUUGUUCUGUAAACCUCGCAAAAAAGAUUAUUCUGCUGUUGAUUUUUCAACUUAUUCUGAUAUUAUUUAUUUGAAAUUGUAACGAGCGAAUACAACGUACACGCACACUUAUCGCACACGAGUCAGUCGCGUGGCCACAUUUUUUUUCAAUCUACAUAUGUUCAGUAUCCAAUGAUAUGAAUGGAGGAUUGAACAGGAUGAAAAUUGAAAAAAAGACACGCGCGGGUUAACGCACAGAAGACAUAAACGUAUAUUUUAAAUUAUUUUUUUAGACAUGAUUGAAGGCACUAAUGAAGCAACACUCAAUAAUAAAUAUUUAGGUGUCACUGGUGAUCAUCAAAUUAUCCACAAAGAAUGGUGCUAUGAACGUGUCUAGAAUAUUAAAAUUUUGUUUAAUUUAUGAUAAAAACGCCAACAAAAAUUGAACAAAAUUCUGAUGACAUAAUAAUAAUAAUUUAGGUAAGCAGUAAUGAUUAAUCAACUAUUGACCAUCCAAUUCAAGGAUUAGAUUUUCGGUGGAUAUUAAUAUGAAAAUAAUAAUAAUUAAAGAAAUAAACAAAAUUUUCAGACAACAUUGCCGAUAAAAAAAAGUGACGACUGGUACUGAAUUUCGAAUUGAGUGUCUGAAGUUUCUCAUAGGUUCGAAUUUGUUGCCAACCCGAAGUUCUAGAUCUACUUGGAAGGAAUCAAAUAACGAAACAUCUCGAAUAACUUUUUCCUAAAGUUUUGUUUACUUACAGAAUAUUCAGAUCUUCCAUUAUACAAAUUGUGAGUAAAAAUGUUGAUUCAUUUUCGGUUAAUAAGGAAACCGAAAAAAUGAUUAUAAAUCAAAUCAUUAAUAACAUCAUAUCAUAUCAUUAAUCAUUUAUAAUCAUUUUUUUGGAAUGAUUAUAAAUUUUAGAAGAUGAAAUAUUAUCUUUGGGUGAAGAUUUGAAAAUUAAACCGUUGUUCGACAUUACAUUCACAGAAGAAAGAUUAUCAAUUGUUAAAGCAAAUUAUCAUUCAUUUGCGAAAAUAAAAAUUUUAAUUUAGGGGAUUAAUUGAAAGUUUUGUGUUACGUGCUUCUGGAGAAACAUUAAAAUUACAGAAACGAGUGCCUUGGAACGCCUGCGAAAAAAAGUGAAAAUUGGUGGAAAUUAACAACUUUUUCGAUAUUCAAUAUUACAAAUGGUUCAUUCGACAUUUUUCAGAAGCCCGUGAUAUAAACACAGUUUUUGGAAAUUUUUAGGCUCAUUUGGAAAACGUGAAGCAUUCAAAGCAAAAUAUGACUAAAAAUUGGAUUAAAUUUCUCAUUACAAAUGGCAAUAAUUCAGGAAAUAUUACAAUCAUCACUAGAAAGUUCAAAAAUUUUUGAUGAAUUGACAAUUAUAUUGAACGAAACUCAAAACAACUUGAAAACUAAUAAAUCUAAUAAAUCAGAGUCUACUAGGUUUCUUAAAAAGGAAACGUACUGAAAUUAAAAUGGAUCCACAAUUUUCAAAUUCAGACACUAAAAUGAACAAAAUAAAUUAUGACCGAAUUACUCUCUCAAACAGAUAAUUAAAUUAUAGAACAGACAAAUUAUUUCAGAGAAUUCUUCAAUUUCAAACGAAUCCUUUGAUCCGUAGGGAAUCGAUGAUUAAUGAGGCAUAGUAAUUUUCGAUGAUAAAUUAAUAGCAAACGCAAAAAUAUUAUAAUAUAAAAAUAAAUAUAAAAAAAUCCUCUGACGCGUUUUGAAAGCAGAAGUACAGAAUAUUAAUGAUAUUCAUGGCAUACUCAACUAAACUCUAGUUCACAGUCAUAAUUGGAUUUUUAAAGAUUAUAAUGAGCAAAUAUUAUAGUUAAAUUGCUGAUUUCGACAAGGAAGUACAUGUUUAGACGAAACAAAUUAUGGAAUUUUGCAUUCCCAGAAACUUCAACUCCUCAGCCAUAUACGCUCAUCCAAGCGAUUUUAAUAUGAAGUCAAAUUAAUAAAAAUUAAUAAUUAAUAAUUAAUAAAAAUUAAUAAAAACCUUCAAUUUUGGAUGACCGUAUAUGGCUGAGGAGUUGGAGUUUCUAGGAAAAUAAUUACGAACGGUUAAAUAAAUUUACGUGGAAUUUUACAUUAUAAAGUGAAAAAAUUAUUUCAAUAAAAAUUCCGCUCAAUUUUUGGUCUUCAUUGCACUUUGAGCUCAGGUAAAUCACUUGAAUGUCUGUGGGCAAUAAUCAGAAGUAAUAAUGAAAGAACAAUAACCCUGGAUGACUUUUGAAAAAAUCUCUCGUAGUUUUCCGCAAAAACGUACGGGCGCUCAGUUGUACUGAAUUUCACAUAAUUGUAUUGCAAAAAAAUGAAAGUUGAAAGUUUAGUAAACCCGGGAAUUCGAAUAUAGAAUAAUAUUAAAAUUUCAUAUUUUCAGAAAAACAAUGCAAGUUUAGGUGAUUGUUUGUGAAAUUUCAUGUUGAAAUUCAUGGAAUUUUCUGUGAUUUUCAAUCGCAAUGUAAAUUUCUAGAUAUAUUCGUGAUAAAUCAUCAUAUAGAAGUGUCUGAGUAUUUGUUAUUCACUAACAUUUCGGUCGUAAUUUAGAUGCUCUGCAGACUUGAGACAAAUUCAGACCUUUUAUUUGAAAAUUGUAUUGGAUACCAGCAUCAGUUGUAGUGGGUAAACAUUUUCCAAAAAGCAAAAAAAGUUGAAAAUUGUAUUGAGAUUUUUUACAUUACUACAAAAUAAUGGGAAUGUAUUUGUAAAAAGCGUCGCAUACCGUUGGAAUUAAUGGCAUUUGAAGGAUUCCUACCAGAAGGAAUCUCUGAAUUGAUUUUCUCCACUUGAAUCCGAUCUAAAUUACUGAAAAAUAUUAUGUUUUCUGCAUGAUUUGACACUGAUAACUUCACAAAUCGAACAAAUCAACGAAGUGAACAAAACUAUUACAAAAAUUCAAACCUAUCAUGUGUCGAUUUAUAUUCGCUAUAACACUGUAAAGAAUAUUUCCUAAUUUUGAUGCAAGGACAUAGCUCGAAAAUUUAAAAUUUGUUUUUUUUUGUAAACACUCUAAAUGCUUAAAAAUAAGAAAUUUUAAAUUACUAUUUAAUG